AUGAUCCAAUAUAAUAGCAAGAUUAUCAGUACGAUUUCGACCGACGUUUCAAUAAAACACGAUCAUGUCGAAUGUUCCAACGAAAAAACAACCGUUCAAACUGAAUAUGAAAUGCCAGGUUUAAUGCAACUACGACGCAAUUACGGUCCAAUACAACCAUUGAAAGGGGCACGUAUUGCUGGCUGUCUUCAUAUGACUGUUCAAACGGCGGUGUUAAUUGAAACGUUAGUUGCACUUGGUGCUGAAGUACAAUGGAGUAGUUGUAAUAUCUUUUCGACACAAGAUCAUGCUGCUGCUGCUAUCGCUAAAGCAGGCAUUCCUGUCUAUGCUUGGAAAGGUGAAACAGACGAAGAGUAUAUUUGGUGUAUUGAACAAACAAUCCAUUUUGGUGAUGAUAAUCAACCAUUAAACAUGAUCUUAGAUGAUGGUGGUGACUUAACUGGUAUUGUUCACGACAAAUAUCCUGAAUUAACUGCGAAUAUUUUGGGUAUCAGUGAAGAAACAACUACCGGCGUACACGCUCUUUAUAAAAUGCUUAAACAAGGUAAACUUAAAGUUCCAGCUAUCAACGUGAACGAUUCAGUAACGAAAUCGAAAUUCGACAAUUUAUAUGGUUGUCGCGAAUCAUUGAUUGAUGGCAUUAAACGUGCCACUGACAUUAUGAUUGCUGGCAAAGUUGCCGUUGUUGCUGGUUAUGGUGAUGUUGGUAAAGGCAGUGCACGAGCCUUACGAAAUUUUGGCGCACGUGUUAUCGUUACUGAAAUCGAUCCUAUCAAUGCUCUACAAGCAGCGAUGGAAGGCUAUGAAGUAGUUACCAUGGAAGAAGCAAGUAAAGUCGGUCGUAUCUUUGUCACAGCUACUGGUUGUCGGGAUAUCAUUUUAUCUGAACAUAUACUUCAAAUGCCGGAUAAUGCAAUUAUCUGUAAUAUUGGUCAUUUUGACAUCGAAAUUGAUGUUGCUUGGUUAACCAAAAACGCUGUUUCAAAAGAAGUUAUCAAACCACAAGUUGAUCGUUAUCAAUUAUCUAACGGACGUUCAGUUAUCUUGCUUGCUGAAGGCCGACUUGUUAAUCUUGGUUGUGCUCACGGUCAUCCAAGUUUUGUCAUGAGCAAUUCAUUUACUAAUCAAGUCUUGGCACAAAUUGAAUUAUUUACUAAAAAAGGUCAAUAUCCUGUCGGUGUCUAUAUUCUACCGAAGAAACUCGACGAAGAAGUAGCAGCUGCGCAUCUUGAUCAUUUAGGGGUUCGAUUGAGUAAAAUGUCAAGUGAACAAGCCAAAUAUCUUGAUUUGGAUGUUUCUGGUCCAUUCAAACCCGAUCAUUACCGAUAUUAA